AUGCCAUUCUUUGCAAGCCCCGUUGAUUCGACACUGCUGUUCUUCCGGGAUUAUGUCCCGAGUGGAGUAUCUUUCAAACCUGAGCAGUCUUGGGCUUCACAGUUGACUCUAGUGUUUUUGCACGGCUGGCCAAUGUCCUCCCGUAUGUGGGAGCAUCUGCUCCUGCCGCUGUGUGAGAGCUAUCGUUUCCGGUGUAUUGCUCCGGAUAAACGUGGAUUUGGACGCAGCGACUGGAACCAGGCUGCGACACCGACCAAUCUCACCUGGAAAACAUUCACGAGCGACCUCAUCGCAUUGCUUGAACAUAUUGAUGUCCAGCAAUUCGUUUUCAUUGGUACCAGUAUGGGGUGCAAUGAAAGUCUGCGUGCCUAUCAGACAAGCAGUCGGGUUCGGGAAAGAUGCAAAGGCUUCGUAUGGCUAAGCCCAGUCAUGCCAUAUCCGCUGCAAACACCAGACCAUCCGUUGUCACCGCCCACGGACUUAUGGGAUUCCAUUAUAGAGGGACUCCGGAAGAGCCGGUCCCAAUUCGUUGCUGAUUCACUUCCUGGGGUCUUUGCCAUGCAGGCCGGCAAUGAAGUGACUCCGAAAGUUCUCGAGCAUUACGAGAGAAUCGUUGCGGAUGCGGACAGUGUUGCCAUUGAAAAGACAGUCUCGAUUUUCAACGAGAGCUCAGAGAAAGAGCUCAGGAAUUUGAGUGACACAGGCAGCGAGAUCCCAAUCAUGAUCCUUCAUGGAGAUGCGGAUCAGGGGAUGCCAUUGGAAGCUAGUGCCGCUCUCAUCAAAGACAUCACCCCUUGGGCCGAUCUGAAAAUCUACAAGAACGGUGGACAUGGUAUCUACCUCACGCACGCUGAAAACGUUCUAAUUGAUAUUCUGGGCUUUGUUCAGGACUUGACGCCGGGUCAUUAG